AUGUCAUCCCUGAACUUUACCACCUCUUCCCAUCCUCCUACUUUCCUCCUGGCUGGCAUUCCUGGGCUGGAGAAGGAGCAGUUCUGGAUUGCCUUCCCCUUCUGCAUCAUGUAUACCAUUGCUGUGCUGGGGAACAUCACCCUUCUCAUCAUUAUAAAGACAGAGCCAAGCCUGCAUGAGCCCAUGUACCUCUUCCUGGCCAUGCUGGCCUUCACUGACCUGGUCCUCUCUACAUCCACGCUUCCCAAAAUGCUUGGCAUCUUCUGGCUUGGCUCCAGAGAGAUUGGGUUUCUCUCCUGUCUUGCUCAGUUGUUCUUCAUCCACACCUUCUCGUCGGUGGAGUCAGGCGUGUUCAUGGCCAUGGCCUUGGAUCGCUAUUUCGCCAUUUGCUACCCCCUGCGGCACUCCAGCAUCCUCUCCAUGCCAGUGGUGGUGGCCCUUGGGAUCCUGGUGCUGGUGCGUGGGGUUCUUCUGGUGAGUCCCUUCUGCUUCCUGCUCCACAGGAUGUCCUUCUGCCAGCAUCAUGUUAUCUCCCAUUCCUACUGCGAGCAUAUGGCCGUGGUGAAGCUGGCAUGCGGGGACACCAGAGUCAAUGUCAUUUAUGGCCUCUUUGUGGCUUUUGUAGUGACAGGAUUUGAUAUAGUCCUGAUCUUUGUGUCCUACACGAUGAUCCUGCGGGUGGUAAUGAGACUGUCAUCCACAGACACACAGCUCAAGGCCUUUAGCACUUGUGCAUCCCAUGCCUGUGUCAUCCUUGCAUUUUAUGUCCCUGCCCUCUUCACGUUCCUCACCCACCGGUUUGGGCAGAGCAUCCCUCCCCAUGUCCAUAUAAUGGUGGCCAAUCUCUACCUGCUGGUGCCCCCCAUGUUAAACCCCAUCAUUUACGGUGUGCGAACCAAGCAGCUCUGUGACAAGAUGGUCCUCCUCUUCCAGCAGAAGGGAGUCUGACCCGUAUCUACGGGCUGGAAGCUGUGCUCAUAAUUCACUGAUGACCCUGGUAAAUUUAGCAAGUUAAUGUUGUGACUCUUUGUUCACAAAGAAACCUUCCUCGAUGACAGAGUGCAUUCUUAAAGAAAUCACUAGGUUAUCCGCGCAGUUAACAUUCUGCAGGAGGUUUCACUCACUGCGCAAUGAAACUUGGCAUAAAGGCAUUCAUUCUGGCUUUUACCCUGCUGGGAGAUGGAGAGUUCACCCCUCCCAGAAGUCAUACUCCUUGCUGUUAAAACUCUUUCUCUGU